AUGGCGCUGACGGUCAUCGAAUCUCUUAUCAAUGUCACCCGGUUAUCUCUUGGCGGUGGAGAGUGGCAUCGUAUGCCAGAUUCUGUUGUGUCGAGUCUGCAGUCCCGUUCUUACCACGUUGUCGACACUUCCCUGUUCUUCCACUUCAGAUCGAUAGGCGAGAUUUUCUCGCUUGUCAAAAAUUCUCCUGACUUGCAAGAAUUGCCCCAGGAAGUGACACAGCAAGCUCUUUACUCUCUAACAUUGAUCUUACACGUCAUUUUCUAUGCUCGCGAAGACGUCACAUUGGAUUACUUCGACUCCCUAGGAAUUGCCCCGCACUCCUUGUUGGACGUGUCGCAGCAGGCCACGCUCGCCCAGACGAUUCAUGGCAAGGCAGCGACGUGUUCUGGAGGUCAGAACUCUCAGCAAAACUCUUUCACGAUGAGCGACGACCUCGAAGGGCACGAGAGAGAGGAUGAGCACGCCCAUCAUACGUUGAAAGGAUCUCGGGAAGACACUGUAAACAAGAUCGUCGUAUGCCGGGAUGGCCCCGAGGUGCGGCUGGAGAGACUAGGAGACAGUCAAUUUAUUAGCGGGACUGUCGUUUAUGAGGAUGACAUUGAGAACGUUUGACAAGUCGUACUUCUAACCAAAGUAGUUGUUUCAAAAUGGGUACAACUCGUCUUAAUCCAGCAACGCUUGCGCUGCAGCUGACCGCGCCUUGAUCAUGCAUUUGAAAGGCAUGGGAGAGCUAUACUCGAAAUUAAAGCACACUAGUACAUCCAGGAUGGAAUGCCCACCUCGCAAAACCGCUUGUAUAGGUAUCACUCGGUUCAAUGACCCGGCCUUCGGAAUCAACCGCCUUGGAAAACGACAAAGUCGACGCCAUAGAUGCGAUGGCAAUCCAGGCAGUAUUUAACGCGAGAUAUCUACCGGGACAGAUACUGUAGGAAUAUUGUCAAGAGUGUCGGACUUGGUCAUAUCACAGGAUGCGCACCGUCUUCCAAAACCAAACGCGGGUGUUGGUUCUGGUUGGACGUCUUUCCCAUCUUGAGGAAUGAAGCGGUCGGGAUCAAAUACUAGAGGGUUCGGAUAAUCAUUUUCGUCGUGGAGU